CUAUCCGAGGGGAGCCGAAGUCAGCCGACGGGAGCUCCGCUCCAUGCAUCAGCAUCCGCUCCAAGACUGAGCGGAGGAAGCCGCUGAAACCGGCGCGCGCAGCCCUCCGGUUCGUGACGGUGGCGCAUUAACGGAACCAACCGAACUCCGGAGCGGAACCCGCCUCAGCUCGCGGUCCAACAUGCCGCUGGUGAAGCGAAUCAUCGAGCCUCGAUUUCUGUGCAGAGGCUCCCUGCCUGAUGGGGUUGCUAGUGAGCUGGAGUGUGUCACCAACAGUACACUGGCUGCAGUCAUCAAACAGCUGGGAGGACUCAGUCGUCAUGCUGAGGAUAUCUUUGGAGAGUUGUUCAUAGAGGCCAACAGCUUCUACCUGAAGAUGAGCAACCUGCAGGAGAGGGUUGACCUGCUGGCUGUGAAGGUCACUCAGCUGGACUCCAACGUGGAAGAAGUGUCUCUGCAGGACAUCAACAUGCGGAAGGCCUUCAGGAGCAGCACGAUCCAGGAUCAGCAGGUGGUGUCACGAAGCUCCAUCCUCAACCCCGUUCUGAUGACAUACCAGGGCUGCGACAAGCCACCCCCCCUUAACAUCCUGACCCCCUACAGAGACGACAAGAAGGACGGUCUGAAGUUCUACACCGACCCGUCAUACUUCUUCAUCCUGUGGAAGGAAAAGAUGCUACAAGCCACGGAGAACAAACGCAAGGAGAAGCGAAGACACAAGGAGCAGAAGCAUGCGGAGGACUCGUCGGGCCGGGAGGUGAAGAAGAUUCGAAAAGCCAGAAACAGGCGCCAGGAGUGGAACCUGAUGGCAUACGACAAGGAGCUCCGCCCAGAUGCUAGAGUGACACCAUCGCCUUACCACACCUCUGAUGGUUCCAUGUCGUCGGACAGGUCAGGAAUGUCAGAUGACCCCUCCAGUCCUCAUUCCACUCACGGAAAAGACAGGAAAGACAAUGUCGCCAUGGAAACUAGCAGCAGUGGGCUGACUCAGUCGCUGGACCGUGCUCUUCGACCCACCUCGGCAUCGUCUGGAGUGACCACAGCAACAACUCGCCAACACUCUCUGGGUCGGAACCAGGCGUACACCCAAGCCCCAUCACUCACAGGGUCAGCCAAACAGAACGGUGCUCAGAGUAAUGAAGCUAAGGAUCUCAGCAACCAUCAGAUUCCCCCAGCACCUCCGCCUCCUCCCCUCAUGCCUUCGACAGGACACACGGCAUUCCCUUUUAGCACCACCCACAAUGCUGCCACGUCAGCCUCCUUGCACUCUGCAGCGGCUCCUGGUAACCAAGGUGACCACGCCCUCUCCUGCUCUUAUAGCCCCUCCCAUCCCCCACCUCUCCCCACUACUUACACCCCCUCCCCAUCCUGUCCCAAAGGCCAGGCCCCUCCCUCUACCACUGCAGCACCUCCACUGCCCCCAGCGAUGGACAACAGGAAGGCUUCAGGCCUGAACGUCCCAAUGAACGAGGCUCGCAGCGACUUGCUGGCUGCCAUUCGCAGAGGGAUUCAGCUGAGAAAAGUUCAGGAGCAGCGUGAGCAGGAGGAGGCCAAGAAGCGAGAGCCAACAGGAAAUGAUGUGGCCACAAUUCUGUCUCGACGCAUUGCUGUGGAGUACAGCGAAUCAGAGGAAGAAUCGGACCCCGAGGACCAGGACUGGUCUGACUGAGAGGGCAGAGCGGACCAAACAAGCCGGAAGACCACCCAAUUGAUCCAGCAACUCAUUCUUAGAAUUCCAUCUGAUCACUCAACCCUGAUGCCAAGAGUCUUAAAUAAUCCUGAUCCGGCUUCCAGCCUGGACUUUACCGUCGGAUCGGUGAGAGCCUGCAGUCCUCCGGCCUAUAGGGGGCACCAGUAGGAGGGACUCAGCCAGUGAACCUGUGAAUCAGUUCAGCUCAUAUGGAACCUAGCCACGCCCAUCUACUUCCGGGCCAUGGGUCCCCGUAAAUAAGAAAAAAGGAAUGCAAGUCAAUUGGGCUAUGAAAGCUAUUUUCUAAUCCCGUUUGUUAUGUGCCAUGGAUUUCACAUGUGAUGUCCCUGAAUUUUAAAGACACGUACUGAUGCCAAGAAAGUGCUCAUCUUCAAAUGAGGGCAACAGUUAUUUUAGGUUUUGUAUGAAAAAACGUAUCGGACUACAAAAACUUUGUCUCACCAAGUUGAUGCCAUCCAACCAGACACAGAGAAAAGGAGAAAAUUAGUUGACCGAGCUUCAAAUCCUCCUUCCAGGACGACAGAAGGAGCAUUAAACUUAGAGAAAACAAGUAUAAAUCUGGUAGCAGCUACGCUGGGGGAGAAGGCAUUCUGCGGUGACGUCACAUAUGCAACACCUGAUUCAAUCUCAAAGUAUGUGACAAACGCGGUUGAAAUGCACAUGGUGACUUUUCAUUUAAAUGGAAGUACAGUAUGUGUGUGUGAUUUAGCAGCAAAGCGGUUUAGAAAUCAGCGUAGCCUCAUCUCUUACAAUCAUUUCUUCUUUGUUCUGGGGACCCUUGAGCCAACUAGAAGGGAAGGGGAGGAGCCGAGGAGGCUUAGGUCACAGACUUCAUAUGUAGACACCCCAUGGACUGGUGCUUCUUGGAGCUGGUGUAGCAGCUUGGAUGGGCCCCCAUUCGCCCCCAGUGCAUUUAUUUCUACUGAGAAAGAUGCUUACCGAACAAAAAAACACAUUUUACUAUUCUAUUUCACAAAGUCAGACAUAUUAUAUGGUAUAAUAAUUAAAGUCCCAUAGUCAUCAUCACACACUGGUGAAAUUACAUCUCUGCAUAUGACCCAUCCCCAUGGGGGGCAGUGAGCUGCAGCAUUGGCUGUCCUCAGGAACUAUUUGGCGGUUUAACCCACCAAUCCCACCCCUUAGAGCUGAGUGUCAAGCAGGGAUGCAUUGGGUCACAUUUUUAAAGUCUUUGGUCUGACCCGACCAGAUUUUAACCCCUGUCCCCGUCCCAGGGCAGACACUCAUACCACUAGCCCACUAAGAAGGUUCAAAUUCAUUAAAAUUUAAAUAUAAUUAAACAAAACAAAUAUAAAAUCCCAACAGGUAGGCUAGAAAAGUCAAUACUCAUCCCAUGUGAUAUUUUUUCAAUAGUGCACUGCGUUGUAGCUGGCAUAUUGCUCACUCUGAGUGGACUCCAUUUGGGUUUGGAGAGUGAGGAACCCACCCAAUAUGGCGGAAACGCUGUUAUGCCCCAGCACCCAGUAGGGGAUGCACAUAUACACGUUUAUGACUUAAGUUCUGGGUGUUCAGACUACUUGUUUAUUUUUUUAUCCUUCUUCUGUCUGGAAAUCCAUAUUUUCACUUCAGUGUUUUCAUUGAUUUAUUUUAUUGUUUUCAAGCUUAAACAUUUUAUUAUUUAUUUAGUGAGACGUAAUAUAGUGAAAAGUAAUAAAUGUGAAUAGAUUUUCUUGGUAAAUUUGACUUUGUGGCUUUAAUUUAUUUCCCUUUACAUUUUCUUGUAUAUCUGCUGGUUCAAGCAUCCAAUGAAGGUAGUUGCCAUGGUAAUGAUUGUAGGACAAUUGUUAAGAUUGCUGACCGGCUCAUUUUUUUCCCUAUUAUGAGCUUCUGUGUUUUUGUGCACAUGCAUUCUGUAAUUCAUCGUGUUACCAUUUAAUUACUGGAAAUGUUCCAACAUCCUCACUGUGACUGAUGACGUAACACGUAGAAAGGGCGCGUGUCCUUCCUCUCCUUUGCUGUCUGUGAUUGGCUUUUGAUGUGUUUCUGUGAUUUAAAUGUUGGUGAAAUAAACAAAGAAAACAUGAAAAAA